AUGGCGGAUGUUGUGCUUUUAAGGGUAAUUCGUUCUUCUUACGGUAGAACAUGGUCUGGGACUCGACUUCUCAGAACAGCAACAGCUGCUCAUACAGGUAAUUUCAAAAUGCUCUGGUUAACUCUGGUUAAGGACCGGCCUGGAAUAAAAAACAGUUAUUACUACUAUUAUUAUUGAAUACGAGAGUGAUCUUAGUAGUAAUGAACACCCCUUAAGCAGUAGUGAAAUUAAAGCCUGAAAAUUUCAGGCCUGUACGGGAGUUGAACCUGUAACCUCUGCAAUACCAGUGCAGUGCUCCACCGGCUGAAGUAGUGUUCAUUAUUGCUAUGAUCAUUCUGCGCAGUUCACAUAAAACUAAAACUUGGACUGUAUACUUUGUAUACGAUUUUAAAAGUUGAACGCAAUCUGCAUUGGUUGGAUCACUUUUAAAAUAAGUUAACACCAAAAGCUGGUCACAUGACAGCUAAAAGGUUUCUACAGUGAGUUGUUCUUCACAAUAACCUCAUUUCUUUGUCUGUACAAUGUUUAAUUCUACAUAAAUUAUAUUUGGUUCUUUAUUUCUAUUUUUUACACGGUGUGGAAUCAUUUCACUCUACAGCAGCCCUGAGAAAGUCCAUGAGAAAAUCAAAUGUUACCAAGCUGAGCCUGUGUGCUUCAUGUGUAAAACUCAGAAAGCUGUCUAGUCCAUCAAGUGUUGCCAUACCAACUCAGGUGGUUACUGCCAAAAGGUUUGAAUAGUUGUUUUCAUGUAUACUGUUUUGACAAAUUAUGUUAUAAGAAAUCCAUAUUUAUGCAAUAUCAAAAUAUUUCCUUUGGAUGCCAAAUACUCGGGUGGAUGUGGUGAUGUCAUUUUUAUUGUAAUUUCAUGUUUGUUGCUCAUCCUGUGUUAGAUAACCUAGACUACAAGUAUUCCCUCCUUUUCGGUGAAUAUGGAAAAAAUUAGUGAAAAGAAAUCAAUUGACAAGAUUUUUGUGAAACAAAACACCUAGCAGAUGGGGUUCUUUCCAAAGCCAGUUAGCAAAAUUGUGAGAACCUUUUUUCCAGUGAUAAGAGCUUCACUGAAGUGCCUCAGUCUGCUCUGGUUUUAGUCAACAAAUUGCAGGUCAUCAGCCAUGAUUAAUCUGAAACGCUGACAAGCAUUGACAUGCAUGACUUCUUGUUGACAGAUUUCCAGCCCAUAGCCAACAAUAUUUUUGCACUAUGAGCGCAACACAGAAUUUAAACUCUUGGACUCAGUCCAUAGUCCCUUGUUCAAAUUGCACAAUGGACUUCACUGAUAAAGGGGGGACUGCUCAUAGUCUAUCUAGAUAACCAUGUGAAACUUCUUUCAGUUGACCAGUUCAGUGAAGAAUCACAGAAAUUAUAACAUCAUGUAUGAUACCUGAGCUAUUGUUCUCAUUGGUUUGCAGUGCGGAAAUAGAAAAAUCAACAAAAUACCAACCACUUCACGUGAGUUACAGUGAAUACAGAAGUGACUUUGUUAUUUUCAAACAGAGCAUGCAAAAAUGGACCAAAUUAGAGAGAAGUGAUUUUAAGUGCUAGUGUCAUUUGGGCUGCUGUUUACUUAAUAUGUAUUCACACUAUUUAAUUGUUUCCUAUUUAAUUAUUUAUUAAGUAAAUUAGUUAGGUUGGCCUUUUCCACUCUACCCUGGUAAAAAUUUCAAAGCAAAACUUAAUUUUUACAAUUGCUAGUAGCCUUACCAUUCUAAUCUGGAAAAAAUGGCCACAGAUAAUGGACCUUCUCUGGAGCACUUUUACAAUUGGUAAAAAUACUAUCAUGCAGUUUUAUCCUUUCAGUUAAGCUUAUUAAGUUUUUAUAACAGUUAAGAAAGUAAUCAGUCAUUACGCUCUCAUUGAUGCAUUUUCAAAUUUUUCUGAUAUAAAGUGGAUGAAAAACACUUAAUCUCUUUUCCACUGUAAUCAGGAAACUUUUGAGCUGUUAUAGAGUGAAAAUGCCUUAUAACUUACUGGUGUAUGUGCAGUGUGAUCAAAGCUUGUUCAUUAAUUAAUUUGAUUCUUCAUUUAGCUUUGUAUUGUUAAAAUAUAUAUCAUUUGCUGCAGGCAAUGCCAUUCUCUGUAACACAAGGAGGAAAAUGUGUUGCCCAUGUGUUACUAAAGUACAAACCCAAAAGAGCUUUAGUGUUUGUGAGGGCAAAAGGUAAGUGCUUAUCAAAGCAGGCACCAACAGAUUUCAAGAGAUUAGAAUGGCCACUUCACAUGUGAGUUUUGCCCCUAAGCAUGCAUAAGGGGGUAGUUGAACAACAAAUAAACGAUUUGGGAAUUGUAGAGGUUGAUACCAAAAUCUGGGCUUGUGUUGCCCAUGGAGAUGGAGAUAUGAUUUAUUUGAAAUGUGCAUGCCACAAAAUGCUGACGUAAACUUUUACUUUAGUUCAUUACCUGAAGCCUGACAGAGUUGAAUUCCACACGUCAUGUAGUUGUACUGUAUGACUAUACAUGUACAUACAUGAGGAUACCAAAAGAAGGAGAGAAAGAGGGGUCCCUGAUUCCAUUUUACAUAAAAAUUUUAGAAAAAAUUCACCUGUCACAUUUAUUUUAAACAGUAUUUCAUGUGUCACAAAUAUAUAAAGGAAAAUUUGAAAUCUAACCUUACCUUGCCUUUUUGAAAAAUUCAUGCAUCAAGUAUUAAUUUUAAGCUUAAUUAUGCAUCAAAUGUAAACCCUUUGGCACCUUCAUAUAUGUGCAAUAUAGAACAUAUUCUGCUAUGAUAAUCCCAUUUUAAAGUCUUGACAUGAGCGUAACCUACACUCCUAUUAUAUCCAAGAUGUUUUCUCUGGUUUUGCAGUCCUUGCUGUGGAGCUUGCAAGAGAAUUAGAGGAAUAUGGUCUGAAAUGCUCAGUACCUACAGCUGAAUAUGAGGCUGAUUCUGACACUGAGUUGGAUGGGGUAACCCCUCAGGUGUGUUUUAAUACACUGUGUGUUGUUAACUUGGCAUAAUAUUUUGCUCUGCAAUGUGAGUUCAUGAAAGAACUACAAAGCGUUUGUGUAUGUUUGUUUAUUUACUCAAUGGAAAGACUGAACAUAAAGAAGCUAUUCAUUGUCAACUGAAUCUUAACAGGAAGCUGCGCACAUGUACAGUUUACAUCCAGUGACCAUAGACAUUGAUGCACAAGACAUAGAGGUGAUGGACAGACAGUCAGUUGGCACAGCAGUUGGGGAACAGCAUUCAGCUGACAUUGAGGAGGUAGACAGAGAGCCAAUAGAAAGAGAGGUUGGAGAUACAGUGAAAAUGUCAGAUGAUGAAGGAUCAUCUAUACGUGUGGUAAGUGGCUGUAAUCCUAUCUUUCCUAAGAUCCAAAAUUAAAUUUAUUGUUUGACAAAUUAGCCAAUUUUAUCAAAAAUUAAUCAUUGAUAAAUUGUAAUUAUUUUUUCAGAUGACAGAGGAUGAAGUGCAGUCAAUGGAUGAGUUGCUUCCUGUGGACUUGAUUAUCCUUGGUUAGACACUUCAUAGCCUCAAAUGUGUUGCUGAUGUUUCCAAUUUUUUGAAAUAUUUUUUUGAAAUCUUCAAAUAUUAAAAACCUCCUUCUUUCCCAAUUCAAAAAAAAUAGUGUUUAGCACCCAUGCCACAAACCAGUUCAAACAAGUUUACUUUUUUUUUUAGUUUAUUGUUAUUGUGUAAUUUGUUUUAAAUCUAUUUUAAGCCUUAAUUAUCUCCUUUUUCUCUCAAUCUUAUCACUCUCAGCCUAGCAAGCGUUUAUCAGCUUUUUUACUCUCUGUUGUGUGAUAUGUAAAGGAUUUGGGCUAUCCAGAGUAACUAAAUUACUGUCAAGUUUUCCCAUCAUGGAUAGGCUGAAUGUAGAUAUUACUGACCAUAAAUAUUACUUUCAGUUCAACAGCCCAUGUCAGGGAGAUCGUUCACUCUGUACUGUCUGAAAAAGACACAUGCAAAAGUUAAAUCACUUGACGUGGUUCUUCUUUAUGGUCAAAAUGAAAUUCCCUUCCUCAGAGAGGUAAUAAUUUGACAGAUGAUGGAGUUGUUCCUAGAUCUCACCACAUGUUACUUGUUGAUCAACUGUUCUUCCCCUUACUUGAAUGUUUGUAUCAUGGUGAUUUAUUUAUUUGUUAGUUAUUCUUUGAUCGUUUUGUGGCAGAUGCAAUCUCAUGUAGAUGUUAAAAAGUUGGCACCGCCAUCAUUUCAAGGAUUGUCUGUGAUGACUGAGGCGCUACCUUCACUGAGUGAAGAAGAAGACUCCAUGGUAUGUCACUGCUGCAAAGAUAUACAUGUACAUGUCCAUCUAUGUUAUUUUCCGGGCGAGAGAUACUUAUGGGAAUAAUAACUGUUUCCGAGAUGUUCUACUCAAGACGUGUACGUUAAUAGUUGAUGUUGUUUUUUUCUUUAGAUGACUCCUGCGAGGCACUUAAUAGAGCCACCACCUCCUUCAUUCACGGCAACCAUUCCGCCAAAGCUCGUACCGUUUAAAGUGUUUAGUCCUCCAGUUCCUGUGCCAGUCAAGGUAGGCAACGGAAGGGGUGUAGAAUGCACUUUUCGUGCAGCACGUAUCGAUUAUAUGAUACGAUAAUAGGGCGCUUAAGGAGCGAGCCGCCAGAGGGAUCUUGCAUACACACACUCUCCCUUAUUGUUAGAAAACAAGCCGGGCUUUCGUGUAGCUUACAAAGCAGAAGUGAAAAAUGCAAUUGAGACCCCACUUACGCUCAUCUCUAUACUUUCCUACCACAGCAAUUUUUUUUGUCCCGGUCGGCAGUCUAUAUAUACAUUCUUGUUUUAUCUUGGCACCUGCCAUCUCUUCAUCCUUGAAGCGGCCGUUAACCUUUUAACUCCCAAGAUCUGAUUGUUAAUACUCCCUUCUAACUUCCCACAUUUCCUUGUAAAUCAGUUAUGUGAAUCUAGUGUUAGAUCAAGACAACAACUUCUACCAGAUAAGUUGGAGUUUUCUCGUUACCUGUUUGCAGGAUAAUGUAUAGAUAUUAUAGGCAGAAGUUCCUUGUUAAUCACUUCUAGGAGUUAAAGGGUUAAAACGCGACCUAACCGCGAAAGCAAGCCUGAAAUGAUAAUUUGCUACGGUGAAUAAGCAUUAAGAAGUUAAGAGUAACCCGUUAAAGGAAAACGGUGAUUGAACCUUUCCACUCCCGAGAUCUAAAUUGUUAAUCUCCUUACCGUCUGUUAUACAAUUCUUAUGAUGUUAUCUCGGAGAAUUUGGUAUUGGAUCAACUAAUAAUCUUCUAAUUGAUUUAAUUACUUAUUCCCAUCACUUGUCUGCGUGAUAUUGUACUGAUAUUGUAAGGAGAAAUUCAGUCUUGGUCACUCUUGAGAGUGAAAUGUUAAGAUGGCUAACAUGAACACGGUUUACUAAUAACAGACCUAGAAAAACUUCGGCUAAAUUUUUUAAGAUGCACGAGUCGCGAAAACGAGCCUCUUUCUACUUUUAGCUUUCAAGCACUGUGACGAAUGAGAAAGCAGAGACGGCUUGCGCUGCCGUAUUUCACUUUUGAUAAUUCAUUGUUAUCAUGUUACUGUUACAGAGACCGGAGCGCCAUGGGCUGGACGACCGCGCCCGUAUCUACGUCCGUGGUGGGGGUGGUGGCCAGGGAUCACCUCGCUUUGGUGGAAUGGGAGGGGAUGGUGGGGAUGUGAUUGUCAAGUGUCUUCCUUACGGUGACCUACGCCAUUUUGCUAUUAAAGAAAACCGACGGAUCAUCGCCGAACAUGGCACUUCCUUUAGGUGAGAGAGUCCCUGUUGUCAUUUUACCGAACCAAAAGGUUAUAGGCUUCUGGUUAAAUAUACGUAAAGCUUCUAAGGGACUCUUUAAUAUAUGGUAAAAAUUAGACUAGGAGUAAGUGAGUAAGAGCAAGAGCCACGACUGCAUGUUUUAAGUUUAUGUCAAGUAACCUUUCUGUUUCGAAGGUAUCCUGUCCUCUCUAAGGUGGUGGUGGGAGGGGGGGGCAUUGAGAAACCUGGCGAUAUCCUAAGUGGAAUUACAUUUCUGUCAUUAACUCUCUUGUGUAACCACACUGUAAAUCUGCUUUUCAAUUCCUAUCGUGUAAUUCAACUGACCACACUUUAAUUGCUCUCUAACUUCAUUGUGUAGCAUCGAUGAGAGAGGCCGAAAACAUCGUGGAAUCCGUGGUCGUGACAUAAUAAUCCCUGUUCCGCCUGGAACCACUUUGUCAACAGAUGAAGGCAGGAUCAUCGGAGAACUGGAAGAACCUGGGUCCAAGAUUGUUGUGGCCAAAGGCGGCCGUGGAGGUUGUGCUGUCACAGAAAACUGGGGUGGAGAGAAGGGUGAUUUAAACAUGGUUAGAUUGGAGUUGAGGCUGAAGUCUGACGUAGCCUUGGUUGGGUAUGUACUGCAUGUAUGUACUGUGAUAGUGUUUCGUGUUCUUCUAAUUUAGCCUGACACUGUUGUUUCGCAUUAUUUUGUUUUUGGUUUUUAACUAGCGUCAGAACUGCCAUCACCUUCUGUAUGUGUGAAAUCAUAUCCUUUAAUUCCGAAUAAAAAUACAAGUAAAUAGAGCAAUUUACGUCCUCAAAACAAACAAACAAAAAAAGAUAGAGUUCAGAUAUUUAGUGUACGGUUUGUUUGUAGAUGCGUACCGACAUUUAUUCAACGCAUGGACGAGAAAGCGUAGCCCUCUAUAGUAACAUGUUCUUCGAUGACGUUGUCAGAAUGUUACGCCCAUAAUCAUGUUAAAUGAUCCACCUGCCCGCCACUCUUUUAACCCUUUGAUUCCCAGAAAUGAUUAACAUGUAUCUUCUCUCUGCAAUAUCUGUAUACUAUACAGCAAACAGGUUAUGAGACUACUCAAACUUAUCAGUUAGAAGCUGUUAUCUUGAUCUAAUACCAAAUUCACAUAGCUAAUUUAGAAGGAAAUGUGUAGCAGCCGGAGGAGAGAAUUAACAUUAUGAUCUUGCGAGUUAAAGAAUUAACUAACUACCCAACCAACCGGCAUGCCAAAACCGUUAGGGACGUUCGUGUUUUUUACAUGAUAACUGAAAGAUGUGGUAAAGUGUUCUGGUCAUCUUUCACUUGUUAGAUUUCCAAAUGCAGGCAAGUCCACUCUGCUAACUGCCAUCAGUAAUGCCAACCCAAAAAUUGGAGAUUACGCUUGUAAGUCACUGUUUGAUUGUGAGUGAUUCGUUUUACUGUAAAUCAACCCGUCUACUCUGAUCAGGGAGACUGUUUGUGUUUUUGUAACAACACUUUGAAAAGGAUGUUUCAAGGAAGAAGUCGAGUUUUUAGCGAGCUUGAUGUGUCAUCAUUAUAAGAGCGAAGCUUUUGCUGUUUCUAUCCUUAGACUCUUAAUGCACUCUUGAGUAAUUUCCGUUUGUCGCUCCUGUCACCAAAAGGAACUUUUCCUUGAUAUUUGCGAUAAAUUGUUACAAGAUGAAUGAAGUGUGACGUGAUUCCUUUAUUGCUCAUAACUGGCUUUUGCACUGGUCAAAAUGUAACUUUUCCCUUCGUAGUUACGACAAUGCGUCCAAGCAUCGGAAUGGUGGAAUACACGGAUCAUUCUCAGGUAAAAAGAGUGGUAACCUGCCUACAUUUCAAUGUUGCAUCUUGUUAUGUCAGUCUAAAGGUGAAGAGAAACGAAAAGCGAGAUAGCAGGAGUGUGAGAUCCACAUUGCUGUGCAAACGAAGUUCUGUACUUUUUCUUUCUUUUCAACGCUUUCAACGACAACGGGCCAAAUAUUGACAGGGGUGUCACUUCGGCUCAUAGUGUUGGCCUUCUUUACUGUCGGAAAUUCAAUAGAAAAAAAAAACUGUUAGGUUUAGUGUAACUGGAAGUCUCUUCUUUUCGCAGGUUCGCGUGGCUGACCUUCCCGGAUUAAUAGAAGGAGCAGCAGCUAACAGGGGACUGGGUCACGCUUUUCUGAAGCACACAGAAAAAGCCAAGGCCCUGGCACUAGUUGUAAGUAACACAAGUCUGUUUAGAGAUUUGAUUUUAGGCAUCCACUCUUGAAACUGCUGUAUUCGAAUAUGUUUUGUUGCCCUUUAAGGGCUUCUCUGUAACAAACCGUAUAACUUUUCCACCUAUUUGUUGUAGAAGGAUGAAAACAUUGUUGCUUUGCAGUUUUUUUUUUCAUUGUCUCCACUUAAGCAUGAUGUUGUUGUAGUCUCCUUACAUGAGUCGGCCCGGUCUCCCGAGAUGUAUUCACCACCUCCGUAUUUUCCAUAGCACAUUUAAUAACUCAUUUCGCCUCCCAACCCACCAAAAUUGUACGAUGGAAAUGCUGUAAGGAAAUAUUAAAUGACGGACUCUUAAAUUUUGCUAGGUUGAUGUCGAUGGCUUCCAUUUCAACGAUAAAUUCCCUGCGAGGACAGCAUUUGAAAACGUGUGCAUUUUACUCAAGGUAUUUACGCUAUAAUUAAUUUUCUCCGGGUUAACCAAUGACCGUCAUCGUCAUAAUAUCAUCACAAAUACAAGUGAAUGAUGGAAAGAAUCAGCAAGUAUGAAUGUUCCAAAUGUUUUUUUUUUUUUUUUUUUUCGCUUAAAGGAAAUUUUUUUUUCUAAAACCUACUCCUCUCCCCUCGGUGUUUGUCUAGGAGCUAUUUUUGUACAAGAGAGAGUUGUUGAAUCGACCAAAGAUGCUUAUUGUGACGAAGCUCGACCGAAAAGGGGCAAUUAGCAGAUUUCAGGCUUUGAAACAGCAGUUGCAGUCUAUUCAAGAACAAGGUAAGCUUUCAAACGCACUUGUCGUGAUGUAAAGUAGAGUAACAUGCAAGAGAUGUUUUAAAGGUCAACGUAAAAUCGUUUUAUCGACUUGGGUGACUUGGGUGAAUUCUAGAUUCUCUGGAGUGAUACAAAUGGAAGUAUACAACUCUUGUUAUAUGCGCCCCCUCGACUAAACAAUGGUUUUGAAAUCCUCUUACUGACUUUGUAGUUCCUCAUGUUAUGAAGGGCCCUUUGUACAACCCUCGACAGUAUGAAAAACAAACAAGGAAAAAGUUGUAUGGUUAUCAAGCUGGUAUUUAGGCUUAAGAAUAGGGAAUCACCUCCUGCGAGGGCUCGAGCGCAGACCUCGAGCCAGUUUUCAGCUUGCUCAUUGUAUGGUCAACUCAUCUGUUACGUUGAAUUGAAUAUUAAGAAUUUACAAUCGUGAAUAGAAGACUGAGUAUUAGCUCUGGACCAGGCUCCCACCGGGCUUUUGGUCCGGAGUUUGAUACAUGAGGCAUGGUAAGACUAUCAGUUCAGGUGUUUUUAGAUGUGAUGGAGCCCUCAAGUUGCUUACAAUAGUGUCCCUGAUUUUAAUGUUUUAUUUAUUUUCUAUUUUCAGAGACUCUCCUCUCAGUUUUGCAAGAAAUUUCCUCAAACAGCCCAGUCCAUCAUCAAAAUGCAAGCUUAAUCGAAUUAACGGAGGAGUUAGCGAGGACAAAUUUCGAAUCGGUUGUACCGUUUUCCGCUAUGACAUCUUUUGGUUUAGAGGGCGUUCUGAAUAAAAUCAAAGAACUUAUGUAGAUAGGCAUUAGAACAAUUGAAAUUUCAUUACGAUGAGACAAAUAUGUACAGAUGGCAUUUGAAUACCUUAGAUAUCUUAGGGUUGAUGUCUGUGUGAUACCAAUUCAUCGGUCCUCCAAAUUUUACGUUUCUGUAAGAAAACUGAGAAACACAGUUUGAGAUGAAAAUAUAAAACCAGCUUUGAAUACGAAAUAAAUACCACUCAGACUUGUUGUGCUUAAUAUUUUGAAACUACUUAACAAUUAUUGGAUUGCUUGCUAUGUAACUUGUACUAUUAUAGAAUGUAGAUAUAAAAUACAUAGCUUGGGCAAGAAACAUCAAUGAGGGCGGGCUGGAUGAAAUGGAAGGUAAAAUUUCCUUUUUCCCCCUGUAAAAGUGAUUGUUUUGCCUUUCCAUUCCAUUUGCAGCAAGACCACGAUAAUAUAUAAAAUUAAAUUUGAAAUUCGAUAAAAAUUUAACAUAUCUGUCACACAGCAUAACUUGCAUUCGAUAACUGUCAAACUUUUUGUGACAUAAAAUGAAGUGCUAUGCAAUACGCACUUUUUCCUCAAUAUCUUUGUAAAAGUGGGCUAGCUGUGCUCUCCGAUCAGGAAACGCAGGAAGUAAUGAGUUUUCUUUUUUUAAAUUUGUGAACGUUUGAUGAGAAUUUCAGCAUGUUACCGCAAAUUGAAUGAAAAGAAGAUAGCUCCUUUUAAAAGUAAUAUUUGAAAAGAAAUUUAAAAACUUCCACUGUUCGUCACCUGCUUUCGAAGGUGCUAGAAGUUUAAAUAUUUUAUUUAUAACUUUCACAUACAAUAGCGUCGACGUUCCUUAUAUUAAAGGGAAAAAAAACGCGAUUACUCAAGAAUUUCGAAUAAAAUAAUAUUUGAAUUCGAUUUAUUAAAACUUUUUAUUUAGUUUUCGUGAGUCUUAAAGUAUGCUAGACCAACUUUCAGACUUCUUAUCCUGUAAUACAAUGAAUAGACGGCUAGAAAGAGCGCCCUAAUUUCCGAGGCAUAUAACUGCAUGCAUAAGAAUUUCAAACUGUAGGUAUUUGCGCUAAUGAAAUUUCUUCCCAUCAAGCGAAAUCUGAUACUGCCAACUGCCAAUGUUACCUUCACUUACGAAACCACAGAGUUUAUCGUGUGAGGACUUCAUUAGCUUAUGUAAACUUCGAAAGUCAAAUAUCAGUAACUUUACAAACUCUUUGGAGUCAAUUAAUAAUUAAACACUGAAGAAAGUUCAAAAGAAACUUUUUUUACUGAACGUUACUAACGGCGUGCUCGAAAGAUGGUAGGCAUUUUUUGUUUUGCCGAAACAAGUAUUGGUAUUGAGUGUUACUCAUGUCGAUCCCGUCUUAACAACUGGUUAUCGCGAUGGUAAGCGAGUGUAUUUAGAGCGGAUAUCGAUAUUUUGUCUUACUGCGAGCAAAUUUUGGAUAUAUGAUCUCCCACGCAUUUUAGUUCAAGCUUACUAAAUACCACAUACUGUUGCAUUGUCUACAUUAUGAAUGAGGUACCUACGUGCUUUUGAUUGGUGCAGCAAUUCCAAACAAUUCAAAAUUAACUUGGCAACGGAUCAUUAGAAUGAAAGAUGAGAAACAUGCAGAUGGCAACCUUUUCGUUGACAAUAAUUGUGCCUGAUGCCUCGGAAUAAACCAAACAUGCCAAGUUAAUAAUAUGCGGCGGAACAUGCUCACUGAUUUGGAGGCUGAAGACGGUUCACCGCCUUUCAUGAGGAUUCACUCCCUUCCAAACACAAAAGAAGACCGUGCAAAAGCUACGAAAGACAAUUCUGGUGUCGGCGGCAGCCAUGUUUCGAGCCCAGUUGACAUGGCUCAAGACAAAAGUCAGCACCUCUCAAACUCGUGGAGCGAAGGAAGCUGGGCUUUUCGAGCGGAAGAUAUCGCCGAGGAGUUCCCAUCUUUAGAAGUACGCCACGAGGCCAUGAAACGAGUUUUUCAAUCGCUCGAACAAGAAAAUGACGGACGAACCAGUCGCUUGGAAACGUCGCGGAUGCCAGAUAGCGACAGAGCCGAAGUAAGUGGUUUUGACAAAGAUGAAAGCGGGGACUUUUAUGCCAAGCUUCAAGAAGCAGUCGAGAAAAGAGUGACUGCUAAUUUUAAUAGGUUGUCGCAUCCUAGCAUGGCAACGGUUGACGUCUUAGACGUGCCGCAUGAAAACAAGCCGAAGACGGCUCCGUCUGGUGAAGAUAGCACAAAUGGAAAGGCCUACUUCUUUCCUGAACUUCGUAGUUUGAUCGAAGACAGAUUGGAGGAAACCAAAGUAGAAACACUAUCGAAUCGCUUGGAGCGAGAAUUGGCACGUAGGCAGCAGCUCUGUAAUGAGCAGGCAUUGAUGUUACAGUUAUUGAUGAAUCGGAUUCAAGAAUUGGAGAAGCGUCCAGUGAAGGGAAGUUCGUCUGGUCCAGUGAAUGGAUGGCCCCGACGGUCCCGUUCAAACUCAGGUCUGUACUGCUACACCAGCAACUUCGUCGUUGAGAAGGCGACGCAGACACCGAGUGAUCUUCACGACGCAGAAGGGGUGUACGUUAUGGUUGCGCGAAGCUCAGGAGCCAAAGCCAAGAGGGUACAGAAGAAGUUUGUAUACGGGUAUCCUGAGAGGAUCACAGAAGAGAAACAAGUUUCGGCGAUCUUGAACAGAAAAAUUGUGACGCAGCAAAUCGAGUUCUUGCCGCCAAUUCCUGAUCCAUUCGCUAAGCGAAGACCUCGAGAGGUGAAGAAAGCUGGAUGGCACACGAUGUGA